AUGUUGCUCAACGCGAAUUUGUGCUACAAAAUUCUAAUAUUUUACAUCAUCAGCGGUGGUCUGCAUUGUUCAGAAUCAAAUGAAACCACAAGCGAGUCUACUACACAGCUGUCGCAGCGUGUUUACGGUUUGCUAGAUAAGUUAUCCUGCGGCAGGACUUCACUGCAUGCUAGCGCCAAGUUUGCAUUGCUGUUGGCCGAAUUUCUGAUAAAACAAAAAAUGCGCUACGUAGCCCCCACACGCUACGACAGGCAACUGUAUUAUCAUCUACUGCACCGCAUGGAGCAACUAAAACUUAAAUUAAAUAUUAAUAGCCAUUUGAGUGCGUUGGAACAGCAGAUACUGGAUAAUGCCUUUCAGCGCAAUGUGUUGCUGCUGCCGCCCAGUUUGAGAUAUGGCGCCUUGAAUGCAAAUGCGGAUUACGAGGCGUUGGCAUUGAAAUAUGAGCGCGUGGUUAAUAGUGGUGAGCCGAAUCGCACAGAAUCCGACCUCUGCAUGAGAGAUAUAGUUACGCUGAAUACUAAGAAUUGCCAGCUGAGUCUUAAUUGUCUAAGGGUGUUGACUAGUGAGGCGCCAGCCUAUGGUUAUCAACGUACCCAUCAAGUACUUCUCUUAUACAUGCUGCAACAUCACAAGUGUGCUCCCCAGCUCAGCCCCCCUAUGCUAUAUGAACAGUUGGGCAAAAGUCAUUGCAAUGAAAUUCUACGUGAACAAAAUGCCAUACGCAGCUUGGCAUUGGGACUGGGCAAAUACAGAGAUUUAUACUUGGAGCAAGCCACAAUCUGUGCACUUUAUGGCUUUAAUGAAUUUCUCAACUGGCGUAAUGUGUUGGAAAUUGAUAGCUGGUAUGCUGAUGAGUCCGAACAUAAUGAGCAUGUUAACGAUCUGGCUUUAGUGUUUUAUAUAAAUGCAUUACUCUUGCUGCAUUAAAUUUAUAGUAUGUUGUUUUAAGCUUGAUGUGCCAUAUAUACAGACUUACAUAUAUACAUAUAAGCUGCUUUAUAACUGAAUAAAAAUGCAGCAUUAUUGCUUCUGAGCGCUGA